GGAAAGUGGAACUGAAAAUACCAAAGCCAGCAUUCUUUACUGAUACAUCACUGCCCUGCAGGAGAUUAUAUCCAGGUUAAAAGACGAAAUAUCGAGGACUUGAAUCUUGACGGAACACCGGUUUUGCGAUAUUUUCACGGUGUCCAGGAUACGACGCUACCACAACUUUAACUUAAGCAAAAAUCCCAUUGGCAAAUGGCCACAGGUUGCCCGGCAAAGAAAGACGGAACGCUGCAAGUUAUUCAUUUGGAAAGCUGAUAGCAAUUGAGACCAAGUGUCUGGCAACACAAGAUAAAGACAUGGAAUUUAACAAUUCCAGCAACACUGAAAUUUCUAACUGUCAAGUCUCUAUCGCAGAAAGUGUGAACACUCUACGCUUUAACAAAAUCGACGAUAAACACGACGUCGACGUUGACGGCCUACAGAUAAUUUUAAAACACAAUAAAUCACCGAAAAGUGGGCUUUUAAAGUCAAGAUUUAGAACAACUGGUGCUGCACGUAUCGUUCACACAAACUCAUUAUCUGUUCUACAAAAUUCAUCGACGACUGAUUUAACAUAUGGAUCGAACGAUAUUCAAGACCGAGAAGAAACGCCAUCAAUUGGAGAUAAAGACCUAUUUUCAUUGCCUGUUGUAAAUAGCUGCGAUAUGCGGGUGCACCAUACUUCUGAUGGAGUUCCAAGUAUUACAGUACACCAAGAUAGAGAGUAUCGCGUCACAAGUAAACCCUCUACCAAACAAGAUUUGGAUCCCAAUUUCUUGAUGCCAACUGAAGUAAGUGAAUUUAAUAACAGUUAAAACUUUGGGUAUUGUGCAGCCGUUAUUUAAUAUUUAGUCAUUCUGUAGCUAUUAUUUGUAAAACAUAUUAUUUCACAGCCACCUGUUAAAAACGUGGCUCAGAGGAGAGUUUAAAGGUUUGGUCCAUUGUUGACAGGUAGCGUUCUAUUGGUCGGACUCCAGAAUUACUCAAAAUGAAAUUAACUGGUUAUUCACUUGUUUAGUGGGAUCCGAUUUUAUUGCACUGUGACAUUUGCCACGAGUGCUGGUAGACUGGACGGGAAAUAAUGAGCGUCUCUGAAGGUACCAGCGGGCAUAGAUUUCAUUGCGCUUUUAUAUCAAAUCGCCCGUUUUUUUUCAGGUUUUUUAGGCGAAAUCGCCAGCUCGGCGCAAGCACAACGACGAUGGAAACGAGAAAACAAGCAAAACAAAAACUCUGAACUUGCGGCACAAUUUUUGGCAGAUCUUUUUGCCGUCAAUGCACGAUUAGCGCUGUCAAACGUUAUUAAAAACUAGGCAAUGUAAUCGUCGCUUCAUCAUGGCGAUCUUCGCGAUUUCGAUUCCAUCGGUAAUAUCCAUACAGAGGCUCAAUAAUGACAGAGAAGUUAAAUUCCAGUUGCUUCAAGGACCCCAUCAAAGGAAUCUAAGAACUGAAAACAUAGCUGAAAUACAAUACGUUACUCGUGCAUAGAGUAGGUGGAAGUAGCCUAGCUGCGAGUACAGCCGUUUCCGACUGUCCUUAGUGGCGAGGGGCAAGGAGAAACGGCUGUAUUCGAUGAAAGCUAACUAAAGGUGGAACACGACGCGAGUAAAAAGUACAUUAUAUCACGUUUGUAAAUGAUAGUUUACGAAGUUCAUUCAGGUUUAAACUUCACUCAAGUUAAGUUUUCGUUAAUAACUCCUUAUUUCUUGAUCGAUUAAUUCCUCUUUGAAAAGUUGUAGUUACUUGUCAUAUUGAUUGAUUGGCUUUCGUUAAUUUUAAGUCAAGUGUUGAAGAAGCCAGAUAUAUGCUAGCGUCCAGAAGAAGCUCCUUUCCGUGCAUUGGUCAAAAUAUGCCACGCAAGAGUCUUGAUAUGGUGAUAGAAGAGCAGUCAUGUGAAACUCCAGAUGGGGACAAAGGACUGACGUCACUGACUUCUCUUGGGGUUCCUCGGCAUAGAAGCAGGUCACGGAGUCUGGAUAACACCGUGGAAACAAAUAACAGUUUUGCUGCCUUCAAGGAAUCUCUUAAGGUUGGUCAUAAAUGCGAUUUGCGUACCAGCUUAUAUAUCGUAUUUUCGCCGUCAAUAGCUAUAGCAAUAUGCGGCUUUAACACCAUCACGGCCAGUUCAAGCAUUGCGCGCUAGCAUGCAAAUAACUCGGUCGGGGGGCCACGCAAAAUAUUGGACGAGGUCGAGCAAAAUAUCUUAAUUUGUCCGUGGCGAACAGAUCAAUUAUUCGCUAAAGCCGAAGGCCGAGGCAAAUAAUGGAUCUGCGAGACACUGACAAAUCAGCUUGUUUGAUUAUUUGUGAAAUAUCUUUGUUUGUUACGGCAGCAAACCGCGGGAAGCCAUUUUGGUUGUUUGCCUUCGAUCGCUCGGAGGAACUGGAGGUGAAUUAGUGAAUAGCACUGGAUAUCCGGAGGUUGAGUAGCCAAUCAGAGCGCGCUAAAAACGCUAUCCACUGUUUUCUAAAUCGAUUUAGGUCCUGUUUACAUGGAGGUUUGGGACCCCUGGCCCCAGAUGCUUUAAUCACCGGAUAAAUCGUUAUCCAGUGGAUAAGUAUUUGGGAAACCAAUUGCGUUAUCCAGUAGAUAAUGAUUUAUUCGGUGGAUAACGCAAUCCACCUUUUCAACAUCUGGUUCCAGGUAGGUGAGGUAACCCGUAUGUCCAUAUAAUCUCUCGUUUUAAGUUUGAUCACGUUUACAUGAUAGGAAGGGUGACCCGCCACAUGUUGCCUCACCUGUCUGGGGUCCCUCAACUCCAUGUAAACAGGCCCUUAGCCAGGGCUGAAAGCGGAGCUCUCGUUAAUAUUUAUAGUUUCCUCAAACAAAGGAAAAAAAAUCGUGAAACGCUGUUCUGCAACGGCAAGGUAAACGGCAAAAAAGAUAAGCAGGUCUAACUAGCAAAAAAACCCAACUUUGCACGUGUAGCAAUUUUUUUUUUUGUACAUUUCUUUGCCGUUGUUUUGCACGUCUUCAAAGUGAAACUUCCAGAAACGUCCUAGUUACACGUUUUAUCGAGGAAAUGUCGUAUAUGUGUUUAUGUUCACUAUUUUUACUGAGUGUCGCUAAUUUUCAUCUUAGUAGCCGCUAGCAUUUCUCGUUUUCUCACCGCCGCUAUAAAACUUUCAUGUUUUUCCUCCAACGAAAUUGGUCUCCUUUGUUUCAAUCUCUCGCUCUAGCCCUUUCCCUGUUAUCCAUGUCAAUGUAGACGAAAUUUAGUCGAAAGAAAGACUCGGUUUGGUUUUUUUUCUCUCUAGAAGCCUUAGGGUGGUCGCCAUGCGAUUUACAGCCGAAAGGCGUGGGUCCUUUAAAUGCAAAUUUCCAGAUCAUGAAAAAACAUCACUCGGGCUGCCAUGAAUGGGUGGACUUACGGUCGUACUUACAGACUUACGUAACGACGAUUUUCUUAGAACUAAAAUUUCUCAGUGGAUGCGUAGAUAACAAAAUUUUCUUACACUAUACCCUUGGUGCUCCGCCGAGAGUGCAAAAGCUCCCUAAUAAACAUGCACCUUCAUCAGACAACCUAAUAAACCUUGGAUCUUUUCAAGCUUCCACAACGGCUCACCGUCGUUAAGUGUUCCCGAUAUAUAUACAAGUAAAGAAGAUUCAGAUUAUCCUGUCCUUGUAAAUUUGUCAUUGAUCAUACUUGACAUUCGUUUGUAGAAUUAAUUACAUCCAUCGUUUUCUAAAAACAAUGUGUGGCACUGAAAUUCUCAAACGCUUAGAAGAUUUCUGUUUCUGAUUUCUUUUAGGUUCGAAACGUCAAGAGAAAAGUGCUUGGUACCUGAGAAAAUUGAUCAAGAUGGGUACUCUUUGACCACGAGCUUGGUUAUCAAGCGAUUCAGGCUUUUUACCUUCACCUCUUAACAAGAAUGGAAGCCAUAACCCAGAGUUAGUCAUCAUGCUGUCCGUUUUGUACAAGCACUGAGAUGCUACAGUCAAGACGAUUGAUCGAGAAGAGAACAGCCGCUGGUUAACGCUACAAUGCAUAAGGAAUUUUAGUUAUGCCGAAAGCAAGAUAUCGUCCAGAAUACGAAACGAGCCCUUUUGUUGGCGUUGUGUGAAUACUAUAAGACACUAUAAACUUUUGGCCACUUUUGGUUAUUGGAACGAUCAUACAGGGCAAGACAUUCGUGCAACUAAACUAUUCCUUACAAAAUCUUAUAUCGUUUGCAAUUUAUUUAUUAUUUACUCUGUAACGCGAGACAAUUAAAACUUUUUCACUUACUUGAGGAUCCGUAUCCGGCUUUGAGUAAAACCGCUUUGAAACAGAUUUCUGUCUAUCAAAGGAUGCGAAAAGCGCAUCUGUGAACAGAGGCCUGGGUGCCAGUUGCAUGAAACUCAAAAUCGGACUGUUGGAAAAAAUAAGUAUCGCAUUUCCUCCAAAAAUAGUCGGGGCUAUUAUUACUAUUUUUCGCACAAGAAGGAGCGAUAAUUCGAGGGAAGGAGAUUAUUUCAAAUUUUGCCCACUGGAAGUCGUGCCCUAAAUAUUUUGUGUUAUUAUCCCAUUAAAUCAAAAAAUGAUCACAUCAAAAUUAAAUAAACCGAACAUAGGCUUUCUAAGUGUUCUAAAUUUGGUUCCUUCAUUAAUUUUCAGUGUCAAUAUCCUCGGCGUCAGAGCUUGAAUCCUCACUGAUCAGUUUUGCUGCAUCAGACUCCACUUCAACGCGACAGGGAGGGGAUAAAAAAAAGAAAAGAUGGCGAGAGAGGUGGGGGUGGGAGAUUAUUCGAGGGAGGGGAUUAUUUUCAAUAUUUCCGGCUAAGGGGGUGAUUAUUCGAUCGAGGGAGGCGAUUAAUCGAGGAGCGGCUAUUAUUCGACCAGCCUUGUCCCCAGAGCGCUUUUCCCUGGCUUUGGAGGUGGGGCACCCCACCUCCAAAGGCAGGGAAAAGCGCACCCUGGGGACGAGGUUGUUAUAACGGUAUGUGUAAUCAGAAAGUGACACGUGAAAUUUCCUAGAGAAUAAUAUAUAUCAGUCACUCGCGUUUUGUCCAAUAUCUAAUAAUUUUCUGAGCCCUUUUAAUCAAAGGCAAGGAAACUAUUAGAAUUUGCGCAAAACGCGGGAAAUUAUUGCCUAAUUUCGCUUAUCAAUAUCAUGGGUGACAUAUUACGCUUGCAAUCUUGGGGUUUUAAUUGUCCGUGGUAUCGAGAACUCCACAUACUAAAAAGAUAAGACUAAAAUUAUGAAAUUUUGCAAUUUCACAAGUGAAAUCAUAAAUUUACGUUGAAAGUUCGAGACAAAAUUAAGAAGUAAUUUGUCACCCGUGACAUGAAAUAAAAACUCUUGAAAUCACUUCUUUGGCACUCAGCGCCUGGCCGCUUUUUCCAGAUUACGACUUGUUUGUUUGAAGGCGUACGCACGGGAAGACAAUUUAGAGCGUUGAAGUCGCUCCCCCAGAAAAUUUCUGAAUUUAGGGUAUCGGUAAUGUCAUUUUCCGCGCUUUAUACGGGACAUUUUCAAUAAAUAAAUACCAAGGAAAAUGCAGAAGUUUAUUGUUUACCCAUCUGUCGCGUUACCGGUAUUAACAGUGUUUACGGAAAAAAAAGAUAAAACAGUAACGCCAUCAAGUACUGGUUACAAGACGCUAAUGUAAUGCGAAAAUUUAUCCCUGAUCCCGAUUUGAUAAAAAAUAAAAAAUGCUUUCAUGAAAUAAUCCAAAAAAAUUUCUCCAAUUUCGACUGUACGCACGGAGCGAUGUGCGUUUAUGGACGCUACGCUCCUGCUAAAAGUGUAAAUUUGUUUCUGCUAAAUCCUUAAUAGGAAAGUUUUAAGGUUUGUUAAAACAGUUACUGUAAUCAAGCACACCGUGUAGUCCCAUUAAACUCAGAUAUAUCGUCACGGUAUACUAUUGGAAAAUAUCGAUUAUCUCAUAAUAGAUCCCUGAGAUCAACCUGUUCGAUGAUAUGCGCCUCCUAUCCCCUCCUAGGUGAGGGGGGAGGGGCGCCUGUUUGAUAUUAUGGCCCAGGGAUUUGUUGCUUAUUAGAGCGUGGGCACUUAUUAGAGAAAAUGCGGUAUCUCGCAUACAAUCUGCUUUGCAGGACACUUUUAGAGGAUGGUAAGGCAAGACUUAAGAGAUGCUAAGUUUUAAUUAACUUAAGAUAAGUGUGUGAAGGCUAAAGUAAAUUAAAAUCUCAAGUUAUUUUUCUUUGUAUCACAAGUCGGAAAGUUGAAACGAUUCAAGAAAAUUUUCAAGUGACUUGAAAACCAUCCUUAAAACCGACUUUGCGAACUUGUGGUUUUUUGAGCUUUGAGAAAGACGAAGCAUGUCAAUCAAUCUAUUGCGUGGGAAAAUGGCCUUAAGUUAACCUGAAGUAAAAAAGAAUCUUUUGUCUGUGAAGCUUUAUUUUACUUGAAAUAUUUAAAAUUUCCUUGUCUUGAAAUAUUUUAGCUUAUCUGCAUGUUUUUACAGUGUAAUAGGCCCAUUGUUUUGAGCACGCGUAAAUUUGAGUCAAACGCCAAAGGACUGGAGCUGAAUCCUGAAGGCCAGGCAGCUAAGGUAGCUAAGCAUGCGUAGUUUGAUGUUCGUUUCGCGCCAGAUUAGAAAUUUUCCGCCAUUUCUCAAGACAAUGUCGUGCUUGUUAAAAUCAUAUCGUACUUUGUCGAAUUUUAGUAGUUUUCUGUACUUCUGAUUUCAGAAAGGUAAACAGGGAAUUAAUGUGACGUUUCAUCGUGAAAGAAUGGCUAAAGUACACAUCAAUGAUGUGACCGUUUGCGAAAAUCCUUCGCCUUUCUUGAGCAACUUCCAAUUUCAGAUUACCUUCGAAUGCACCGAGGAACUUGACGAAGGUUUGCUCCAUUGAAUAAGUUUAACUUUAUUUGGCUUAUUGAGAGUGUUUAAACCUUGUAUGUGUUGGUAAAACUGUUGGUGAUUCUGCUUUUGUGUGGCCUAUUUAGAUUUAGAAUGGAAAAUUAUAUAUGUUGGCUCUGCCGAAAGCGAUGAAUACGAUCAAGUGCUGGACUCAGUGUUUGUGGGACCAGUUCCAAUAGGAAGACACGCGUUUGUUUUUGAGGUAUGA